UAUUUAGUGCAUCCUCGUUGUCCAUCGCGAUCUCUAAAUCAUUCUCAGUCUAUUUUGUCCUAAUUUUGUCCAAAGAACGACAUUAAAUUCAACAAUUUUAAAUUCAACUGCUUUAAUUUUAUUUUGAUCAUCUUUUGCAACACACAAAUUUUACGGAAAGAUGUCUAGCUCCCGUUCUUCUUCGCCCUCCAGAGCUAUCAGCUCGGCAAAAGUAACCCUGCAACUCGUCGCCCUCGGCGUCCUGACCGUUCUCGCGGCCGGCCUGAUUUACGAAACUGUGCUGAUAAUUUUUAACAAAGUUUUGGGCCUGCUCAUCCUCUACGUAAUUGGACGCCUCGUGUACGAGUGGAAUCCCAAUAUUUUCUUUGUGACACCCUUCCUCUCGUACAUUCGAAUGGCUCUCAGCUUCCUUCUUCUCAUCAGUACUGAGACGAUCGGGAACUUUUGCACGUACGUUGCCGCAGAAUUAUACAAGAAUAAGGAUUGGGCGAGAGAAUGAUCCAAAUGUCUACAACUUUGUCAAGCUGAAAAAUAAUGCAGAACAUGAAAUUCAGGAAUGCCCGGAGUACCAAAUAGUUUUUAUUUUAUCUUUUUUUUGUCGGAAUAGACAGUACAGUAUUUUUUAUUUUGAAAUUGAAAUUUCUCAACGCCACGAAUAAAAUUAGUAGGGAAACCGUAAUUACUUGGGAUUAAUAGAUCAUUGGUCGAUGAAGGAAUUCGUAAUUUAGAUUAAUAGAUUCCUAAGACUUCAUAUCUUUCGAGUACAUUUAUGUGGAAAACUGUGGGAAAUGAUCUCUUUCUCGUACAAAUUUUUAACCACAGAUUGAAUUGAAACAACAAUCUGUUCUUAAUUUCUAAAUGUCAAAUCUCUCCCGACUUUCACUUCUUAUUCUCCGAUUCAAUCAGUAUGUAAUCAGUAAUGUCAUUUCAUAUUAUUAUUGUCUAUAGAACAAAUCGACCAAAAUAAUCUCAUAAUUUAAUAAAAACCUAUUUUGAUCCAUAAAAAA